CUCGACAACCGGAAUUGGCAUGUCAACGCUGGAAAACGCACUUGCUGAGGGUCACGACGCGUUGAUCAAGCUGCAGCACCUGACACUCCGCGAUGGACCCGCGAAACCUACGUCCACGAACGACCCCACAAUGCUCCGAGAGUAUACGGAGUCCCUGGAACGGAAACUCGCCGAGUUGCUACUGGAAAAGGAACGCAACAUUGAGGUGUGCAAAGCUAGCGCCGAGUGCACGUUUGCCAAGAACUACGCAGGACGAGUGCUGGUCGCGAUAUUCGACCACGCCAUGGGCGCAAAAGUGGAUGGGCUUAAGACUUGGUGGGAGACUGGCAACAUUCAAACGCGCAGUGGGCCGGGACAUUGGCGAUUGGACCCACGCGCACUUCGCGACAAAAGAGGGUUUAACUUGCUGCAUGUGACCAUGGAACGAAAUUUGGCCAAAGAAAGUGCGAAAGUUGCGCAGAUCGAUUUGCUCGUGGACACGAUGAGGUUCGAUGUAAACUCGACUGACCUGGUUGGGCGAACUAGUUUGCAUCAUGCUGCAAUGAACGGCUACGAAGAGUUGGUCAUACGCUUGCUCGCAAAGAACUCCAAUCCACUUGUGCAAGACCACGCUGGCAUGACGGCUCUCGGCAUAGUCCAACAAAUUGCCGGUGCUUCCGAACGUAUCAUUCAAGCACUUCUCGAGGCCGAAAAGACACACAAACAAGACUCGGUUGUCCCCUCUGCAUCGUUGAAGAAAUCGGAUGCGUUGGUGUCGGUGUACUUCAUCCUGCGCCUCGAACCAUACAUCUCGUCAAGCGAAUUCCGACGCUAUGUUGACUGCGCCACCCAACUUCGCGAUACCAUUCAAGCUUGUACGUGCUGCGUUGAUGCAUUCCACGAUCAUGUUGUACCCGUUAAUGCAGAUCCGUCCACCUCAAAUGUCCCCUUUGACGCAAUUCUCCGGAAGAAUCGCAUGAUGGAAAUACUGGAAAAUGACCUCGAUACGUCUGCCAUGACGACAGAGGACUUCGAGCAACAUAUAGCGAUUGAAGCAAGCCGAUUUUCCAUCUAUUCUCCCGUAGACCAAGUCACGUAUGCCAAAGGCAGCUGGGUGAACUUCCUCCAACGCAUUCUCUUGACGCGACAGAAGAGGUCAUACGGGAAUUCACCCGACAGACACACGUGGUACUAUGCUGCGCUUUUUCAAGCUCAAGUCCAGCCACUUCCUGGCCAUGUCGACGUACAAAAAGGCCACCCAACUAUCACGAGUUCGUCGUCGUUUGCAGCGUGCUUGCCGCUGGAGAGUCCCGUUUUAAUCCAAGGGCGACACUACUGGAUCACUGCACACAUGGACUCCACCGCAACACUGGAUCGGCCGUUUGAAGGAGCCACCGGGCUGUCUGUCCAGGUGUAUUCAACAGAGUCGGCCGUGUUUUCUCCCUACGUGGGUGUUUUGGAAUUGUAUGAACGGGUGCCUGGUAACAAGUAUGACAAGGCGGACCCGAAAGAUGAAAUGGUGCAGCAGUACCAGCGCAUCGCACCAGAUCACGUGUACGAAGUCGGCGUACAGAUUGGCCCGACUGCUACACGAAAGUCAGCGUCCGAUUUUGUGAAGGCUUGGAGAGAUGAAUGCAAACAGCUCUUUCAGCAGCGACAGUGCAUAUCUGGUGCCGCUGUCUGUGCCCACUCGUGUCCCCAAAAGUUGGGCGCUUACAUGUGUCGAGAUUCCAUGGAAAAAAUCGGUGUCACACUGGCACAAACGACGUUUGGCCGAUCGACGUACGCAAAGACGUUGACGCCACGAGCGAUCUUGCAGGGUAGUCAAGACAUGUAUAAAGGAACAAGGGGUGACAAGUGGCCGGGGUGCCAACGGACUCUUGCGCCAUCGCAUUAGCAUGGGACACACGUAUGGCGCGGUGACGUCCAUGGCUAGCAACCAAGUUCAAUCUUUACGACAGUGCACAAGAGUUGCUGAGAUUAUUCGUGUUCGCGGCCACGGAUUCGCCGCGCUAAUUGAAUGUCCUUCACCAUAAGUGUUACGCGCUUUGCAUGAAUAGAGCACAACGUCC